CGCCUGGCUCGCCAUAGCCCCAGGUUUUUCAGCGGAUGUGCCUGCUGUAACAGGCCCAUGUCUGAAACCCCGGACAGACGGUCACAUUUCACCAGAAAGUCAGCUCCGCUCGGGAACGUCGGCUAAGACGAGACGGCGGCAGUAACGUUAGAGCAAGAUGGAGUGUGAGUGGAAGCCAGACGAGCAAGGACUUCAACAAAUUCUACAGCUGCUGAAAGAGUCUCAGUCGCCAGAUACGUCCACACAGAGAUCCGUCCAGCAAAGACUUGAGCAGCUGAACCAGUAUCCAGACUUUAACAACUAUUUGAUAUUUGUUUUGACAAAGUUAAAAUCAGAAGAUGAACCGACACGGUCCCUAAGUGGGCUGAUACUGAAGAACAAUGUAAAAGCCCACUAUCAGAACUUCCCUAAUGGCGUGUCUGAUUUCAUCAAGAGCGAGUGCCUCCAAAACAUCGGAGACUCUUCGCCCCUCAUCCGGGCCACCGUGGGUAUCCUCAUCACCACCAUCGCCUCCAAGGGAGAGUUACAAAACUGGCCGGAGCUUCUGCCUAAACUCUGCCUGCUGUUGGAUUCCGAGGACUACAACACGUGUGAGGGAGCUUUUGGAGCCCUGCAGAAGAUCUGUGAGGACUCCGCUGAGAUCCUGGACAGUGACAUAUUGGAUCGUCCUCUGAACAUCAUGAUCCCCAAGUUCUUGCAGUUUUUUAAGCACAGCAGUCCUAAGAUUAGGUCUCAUGCCAUUGCCUGCGUUAAUCAGUUCAUCAUCAGCAGGACUCAGGCUCUCAUGCUGCACAUUGACCCUUUCAUUGAGAACUUGUUUGCACUGGCGACGGAUGAGGAACCAGAAGUGAGGAAGAAUGUGUGCAGAGCUCUAGUCAUGCUGCUAGAAGUUCGCCUGGACCGUCUCCUGCCACACAUGCACAACAUCAUAGAGUACAUGCUACAGAGGACUCAGGACCAAGAUGAAAAUGUUGCCUUGGAAGCCUGUGAGUUCUGGCUUACUCUGGCGGAGCAGCCUGUGUGUAAGGAAGUGCUCUGUGGACACCUCUCCCAGCUUACUCCAGUGCUUGUCAACGGGAUGAAGUACUCUGAGAUUGACAUCAUCCUGCUCAAGGGGGACAUCGAGGAAGACGAGGCCAUUCCUGACAACGAGCAAGACAUCAGGCCGCGCUUCCAUCGCUCCCGCACAGUCGCCCAGCAGCAUGAGGGCGAUGGGAUCGAGGACGACGAAGAUGACGAUGAUGAACUGGAUGAUGACGAUGAUACUAUCUCUGAUUGGAACCUGCGUAAGUGUUCAGCUGCAGCGUUGGACGUGUUGGCCAACGUGUUCAGGGACGAUCUGUUGCUGCACAUUCUGCCCCUCCUCAAAGAGCUGCUCUUCCAUCCAGAGUGGGUGGUUAAAGAGUCUGGUAUCCUAGUGCUGGGGGCUAUAGCUGAAGGCUGCAUGCAGGGCAUGAUCCCAUACCUGCCCGAGCUCAUUCCCCAUCUCGUGCAGUGUUUGUCUGACAAGAAGGCCCUGGUGCGUUCGAUCACCUGCUGGACACUCAGCCGCUAUGCCCACUGGGUUGUCAGCCAGCCGCCGGAUAUUUACCUGAAGCCUCUAAUGACAGAGCUGCUCAAACGUAUUUUGGAUAGCAACAAGCGUGUGCAAGAGGCUGCUUGCAGUGCCUUUGCCACUUUGGAGGAGGAGGCGUGUACAGAGCUGGUUCCCUACCUGGCAUUCAUCCUGGACACACUGGUGUUCGCUUUCAGCAAGUACCAGCACAAAAAUCUGCUGAUUCUUUACGACGCCAUAGGAACACUCGCAGACUCAGUGGGGCACCAUCUCAAUAAACCGGAGUACAUCCAGAUGUUGAUGCCUCCACUGAUCCAGAAAUGGAAUCAGCUGAAAGAUGAAGACAAAGAUCUCUUCCCAUUAUUAGAAUGUCUGUCGUCUGUAGCCACAGCCCUGCAGAGUGGCUUCCUGCCCUACUGUGAGCCUGUGUACCAACGCUGUGUCAACCUGGUGCAGAAGACCCUCGCUCAAGCCAUGCUUUAUCAGUCCCAGCCAGACCAGUAUGAGGCCCCUGACAAAGACUUCAUGAUCGUGGCUUUGGAUCUUCUCAGUGGACUGGCUGAGGGUUUGGGAGGCACCAUUGAGGAGCUGGUUGCUCGUAGCAAUAUCCUCACCCUCAUGUACCAGUGCAUGCAGGACAAAAUGCCAGAAGUGCGUCAGAGUUCUUUUGCCUUGCUUGGCGAUUUAACCAAGGCUUGUUUCCAACACGUCAAACCAUGCAUUGCUGAUUUUAUGCCCAUACUGGGUAGUAAUUUAAACCCAGAACUAAUAUCAGUGUGCAACAAUGCAACAUGGGCAAUUGGAGAGAUAUCUAUACAAAUGGGGUCUGAAAUGCAGCCGUACAUUGCCAUGGUGCUGCACCAGCUGGUGGAGAUCAUUAACAGGCCCAAUACCCCAAAGACUCUACUGGAGAACACAGCAAUAACAAUUGGUCGUCUUGGUUACGUUUGUCCUCAAGAGGUGGCACCCAUGCUACAGCAGUUUAUAAGACCCUGGUGCACCUCUCUACGAAAUAUUAGAGACAAUGAGGAGAAAGACUCUGCGUUCAGAGGAAUUUGCACUAUGAUCAGUGUGAAUCCGGGAGGUGUAGUGCAGGAUUUUAUAUUCUUCUGUGACGCAGUGGCCUCCUGGGUAAAUCCAAAGGACGACCUCAGAGACAUGUUCUACAAGAUCCUUCACGGGUUUAAGAACCAGGUGGGAGAGGAGAACUGGAGCCGCUUCUCAGAUCAGUUCCCCAUGCCACUGAAGGAACGACUGGCGACAUUUUACGGGGUGUAACUGUUUCCGCAGCAGGGUGCCUCAUCGCUGGGGUCAUAUACUAUGGGAGACAAUAUUGGGAACCUCUUUUACCCAGGGAACAUGUUACCCUUUACUGGGGGGAAGGGUCGGCCUGCUGAGGGGAGGGAAGGGGUGCGGACCCCUCCCUGACCUGAAGGACGGGGUGGGAGGGAGGUGGUAGCUGCAGUGCUCAGUGCCCCCACUGCACGGGCAAAGGGGGGAAAGGGACUGCCAGAACAACCUUAUCAUGGGAGGAAAAUUCAAGUUAUCACAUCUCAAUCAGAAAUAACAAAAUCUAUCACCUUUUUUUUCUUGCCAAUUAUUCCCCAAACGUCAUAUUUUCUGUUACCUGAACGACUGAGAAGAAAUGUAAGCAAAGCUGAAUUUUUUUGCAAAACACUGUGAAGCAUUUGCUCUUUGAUUUUGGUUAGAUGAGGAGAGUUUGCACGUUGAAAGGUGCAGAAAAUGGACUUCAGAGCAGUUAUACGCAUUUAUUAUCAUGUCAGCCAGGUAAAAGGCAUGUGGUGAUUUUUACUUGUCGAGUUUUUUAAAUUGAGUUAAGUUAAAGGUUCUUCAAGAAGUAAUUUCUCUAAAUACAAAGAUAGCUUCAGUCUAAGAAAAAGCAGCUGAUGCUAAGAAAGCAUCCUAGUGGAUCCGACUUUGGAGGACACAAUUUUAUAAUGCUGCAUAUCACCAAGAAUAAGUUAUCAUCUAUAUAGUUAUCACAUUUUUUCAGUGUUUCCAUUCUUUAUCAGGGCAAACUCUGUUUAUUAUGUCACUGGAGAGCACACAAUGUUCUUUUAAGAGCAGUUUUCCUGGGAAUAGGUAGCAUGCUUGUAUCAUUGUGAAAAGCUGUGGAACAUUAGUGGUGUGUGUUGCGUCUGACAGCUGUCAUUGCUCUGUGAUAAGGUUCUUCCUUGACCUUGUAAUUUAUCUAUUUACAGUACUUUUUUUGUUGUUUUUGUUUCCUCUACCUGAGAAUUACAGCAAACGGCUGUGACGUAGCAUGACUUGGUUUAUGCAUCGAAUUCCGGAAAUGUUUAAAAUCUUGGCUGUGGUGUAACGUCGGAGUGAAUCUCUCGGUUUGGUCUUGUGGCGUGAAUGUGACGUGGACAUUCAUUAGCGAGCUUUAGAUGCUUACAAUCCUUUAUAUUUUCUCAUGAGUUUAUGACUCUGGCGGUCAGAACCAUGCAGCCCAUCGAAUGAAUGUUAAAUAUGUUAAUUUGUCAAUGUUCAGAAGUUUUCUUCUUGGUUGUUUGGCUUCUUGUGCUAAAAGCAUGAUCUUGAGGAUGACUGUAUAAUGUCUUGGGUGGUUGUGUUUUGUGGGGUACUUUCAUCUCUUGCAUGUUGGUGGCCCCUCACAGCCCAACAUAUAGUGGGAAGGGGAUUACGGGAGGGAGGGGAGCUUAAAUUAAAGGUUAAAAAGUACAUAGUAACCAUUUAUGUAUUGCAACACUGGGACUUUUAUAACUUCACAUACAUCUUGCUGGAGUGCUCCCCCUAAACUUUUACCCCAUAGCUGGAUGUAUAGUUUUUAAAUACUGUGAAACUACAACAAUGUUAUUGUCUCUGGUUGUUUUGCGCUGUUAUAUUUUAUAAAAUGUGUAUGUGUUUAAGUUACAGAUAGCCUUAAUGUAUUCCAUGAUGGGUUGGAGAGAUAAGAUUGUUGUUUUAUUAUUUUUUUAAUGCCCUGCCAGUUAUUGUUCCUCUGCUGGCCAGAGUAAUUACUGCGGUAUUUUAACCCUUUGCGAUGCACAUAACAUGCACUUAACAUUUUAAUUGCAAGUGCUUGAAAUAUGAUGUAUAAUGAUGAUGUAGCUAAACCCUUCAGAAUAUGACAUUAGUGUUAACAGAUCAUCAUCAUUCAGUAUUGCUGCUAAAAUGUGUUUACCAGACGCAUUAAAUAUCUUGAUGCAAUGGGGUUAUUAGUUUGUGAAAGUGUCUUAGAUAAACUUUCACAAAACGAAAUAUAUAACUGAUCCCUUAGAUUUAACAUGAAUGAGGUAAACAGUAAAUACAGGAUAUAAUGCAUCAUGGAAUACAGAGGCAAAUACUUAUAUGUGCCACAUCGUUUUGUGUUUUGAAGUGAUUUUGUCUGUCACAUUCCAGCUCUUUGGCAUGCAAGUAAAUGGAGUAAACGGUGAAUUGAUGGUGUGUGUAUGUGUGUGUGUGUGUGUGUGUGUGUGUGUGUGGGUGUCCAAAACACAUGCAAAACAAUCCCCCCCAUUAUUGUGCUGUAUUUCUGACUUGACUGCUGCUAUACAUUUUAGUUGUGUUUCACUACUUGAAUACGUGUUUUCUAUGUGUUAACCUCAGGUUGUCUGUGUUCAUUGUUAUUUGUUAUCAUUUUCCCAAUGUGUGCGCUUUCAUGCAUCUCCUCUCAACAACUAAAGAUUAGUAAAACUUCAUAUUAAAAAUGGGUGACUGGGUGUUAAUUGACUUUAAUGUUAAUAUGUGUGCAACACUGCUAGUUGUCAAAUGUGAUUACAAUUACAAGGCGGGGGGGAAGAAUAAAAUGGUAAUUUGCACAUACUGAAUGUACUUGUCAGAUUAUGGUAAACAUUUAGUGUAAUGUGCACACAAUGCCUUGAGAGCAAAUACUUUGAGGUUUCGUUGGGGUUUUAGAUAAACAGUUUACGGAAUCUGAAGAAACAGGUAACACCUAAUUUGAAAGUUAAGAAAUAUGUUGACAACUCAUAAAGAUAAUAUUAUGAACAUAAUUUGCAAACAUAAGUUUGACUUUCUAUGAAGUUUUACUGAAAAUUUGUAUUUUAUAAAACACCCACCAAUAUUAAGGAAUGUCUAAAAACUCCUGUAUUCUCAUUUAGCCUUCAAACUUGAUUGACUAUCUGCCUUCAUCUUUUUUGCUAAUAAAAGUAAAAACAUCAUUUUGAUAGACAUGAUUUGAAUUUUUUUUUAUAAGCUGCUGAAUUAAAAAAAAAAGUAAUACUUUUGGGGGCCACCAAAUAUUUUGGAUCAUGCAAAGAAUCUAUAUUGUACUGUAGUAAUUUUGUAAUAUUUGUAAGAUGAUAUAGUGGAUGUGACUGGUUACCAUUGCUUGAAUCUGUACAUUGUUCCAAUAAAUUGUUUACAUUA